AUGGCCUCGACAGUCGAACAAGCCUGGGCGCUACCAGUCGGAAUCGCCAAGCUAGGUGCGCACUUGACGGUCUACGUCAACCUAGGCCCGACGAUCGAUACGCUCCGCCUUUGUAACCAGUUUGGACGUGGUGGUCAAGGAAUCACAAGGCUCCCAAUCGAAUUGAUCAAACGCGUCGAGGAGUACCUUUUCCAAGCUGAGUGUGAACAGGAGAGCAAAGUAUGGACAUCAAACCAGGAGUGCGCCGAGGGGUCAUGUAGACAGUUCAAUCGCCUUAACGACGACGCCAUCCAUCGAUCCUACCACGAAUUGCAGCGUUGUGGCAUUGUCGAGUAUUCUGCUGAGGAUCGGCUAUGUGUGGUUCGGGAGCGCCAUCUAUCCGACGCUCACGAGGAAUGCUUCACUUGCCGCGCACUAGGACCAAGCGAGCCACACUCCCAAGAAGACAUCGCAAACCAGCGCGCCGUGGUGGCAGAUUAUUUGGACCAGGUCCAGAAAACCUCGCRAAACCUAGGCGAGCAAUUCCAUAGACUUGGAGAAUCCGUGAAUCGCUAUGACGACACCUGCUUUGAUUCGCUUCUGGCAUGGAGUGCUCAGGUAGGUGGCCUCAUCCACCGUGGCAGAACUCCCACAGCCAUGCAAGGAUUGUCAAAGGUUCUUCGAAAGGACUUUGGCCUUGAGAUUCGCAUUGCUCACGAACCAUGGACUUCAUACCAGGAUGGUAUGCAAAGCGUCUACGAGAGACCCACUACGGCGUACCUGCGACUCCCAGUCGAAGAUUCCGCCAAAAGGUCGAGGUAA